CCCGCCGCCGGCCGCCGAGGGAAUCGGGCCGGCCGCCGGCCACACGCCCGCGCCCAGGGACAGCGCGACCGUCACCCCCGGCCCCCCCCGCGCAGCUGUGGACAUGGAGGAAAGGCCUCCCCAGAGCGUCGCUAAGGCGGGGAACGCCGUGUCCCCCUCAGUGGCCCAGCUGGCCGGGCGCUUUCGGGAGCAGGCGGCGGCCUCAGUGGCGAAGGAGACUCCGGCCAGUAAACCCACCAGGAGGAAACCGCCCUGCUCCCUGCCCCUGUUCCCCCCCAAGCUAGAGCUGGGCCAGAACGGGGAGAAAUCUUCGCCCGGCGUGAACCACGGCCCCAAGGUCAAGGUGAAGAGUUCGCCCCUCAUUGAGAAGCUUCAGGCCUCCUUAGCCUUUGACCCCACGGUCCUGCUGCCCGGGGCGUCCCCCAAAAGCCCGGGUCUGAAGGCGGCGCUGUCCCCCUUCCAAAGCCCCCCCUCGACCCCCGGCAGCCCCGGGGAGGUGCCCGUCAGCUUCGACCAGCCGCCCGAGGGCAGCCACCUGCCCUGCUUCAACAAGGUGCGCACCAAGGGCUCCAUCAAAAGGCGCCCCCCCUCCCGGCGCUUCCGCAGGUCCCAGUCGGACUUCGGGGACCUGGCCAACCUGGCCAACCUCGGGGGCCUGGGGCUGGCGCAGGAGAAUGGGGACUCGGCGCCCCCCGCCCCUGCCGGGCCCCCGGACGAGGGGCUGUGCGGCCGGGGGGCUCGGGAGAAGUCGGGGUCCCUGGACGAGCUCCCUGCGAGGAGGUCGCCCGGCCGGACAGAGCCGCCCCCGGGGGAGGCCCCGGAAGCCCCCCAGAGCCCAGGCCUGGAGGCGGAGAACGGGCCCGGGGGUCCCCCCGAGGCCGAGCGGCCGGAAGAGGCUGCAGAAACACAGGAAGAGGAGGAGGCGGCCUCGGAGAGCAGCCCGGAGGAGGCAGCCCCGGAGAGCAGCCUGGAGGAGGGGGCCCCGCAGGAGGGCGUAGGGGAGGGUGACCCCAGCCCGGAGCAGGGCAGAAGCGAGGAGCAGCCAGAGGAGGGGGCCUCGCCGGAGCCAGGAGGGAGCCCCUGCCAGCCGGAGGCCAGCGGGGACGCCCCCCCGAACAGAGGGUCACUCUCCUGCUAAGGACACAGAAAUGUGAGGGACAAAACACAGCUUGAGUCUCACCACGGGGCUGCAGGCCACACUCUCGGACAGGAGACGGAGGGGUCAAGCUGCAGCACCCGGGGGGCACCGAGACCCCGGAACUGGCUGCCCUGGGACUCAGCGAAAAGGCAACUUAUUUAAAAAAACAACCGACUGUAAUGAAAAUGCGCCCCCCACCCCCAGCCCUCUCCACAGCCGACCUCAGAACUGGACUCCACUGGAUCCCCCAGACCCCUGCUGUCCCCCUAGAGCCGUGGCCCGUCCCUGGGGCUCAAGUCACAGCAAAUGGCCUUGGAUACCGCGUAGCUGCCCAUGCAAAUCUCCCUGGAGACAAAGCACCUUAAGUGGCUUCGAGACUCUCCCAUACGACCUUCUUGGUCUGGUCCAAACCUUCCCAGUUGUCUACAGCCUUGGAAAUGGGCGAGUGAGGAUACGCCCUGCCCAGCUGCAGUGAACCCCGCUCCGAGGAAUGCAGAGACCCGGGCCCUGGCGGGGAUGCUUGCCCUUACGGCAGGUGAACUGGAGUCAGGAUGCGCUAUUUCUAGGAGGUGCUCGGAGCUACAGAGUCUGGCCCUCAGUCCCCAUGUCCCAGCUCUGGCUCCAAGAGCAAGUGGCCCUGCCUGAAUUUAUCUCCUUGAGGAUAAACCUCCCCUCACAGGUUUCUCCUUGGGGCCGGAGCGACGGCACAGCGGGGAGGGCGUUGGCCUUGCAUGCAGCCAACCUGGGUUCGAUUCCCAGCAUCCCAUAGGGUCCCCCGAGCACCGCCAGGAGUGAUUCCUGAGUGCAGAGCCGGGAGGAGCCCCUGAGCAUCGCCGGGUGUGCCCCAAAAGCAAAAAAGAAGAAGAGAAGAAGUUGUUUUGCCUUCAGUACACUGAGCAUUUUUUCGCGUCCUUCAGAGGAAUACCUGAGUAUACCACGCUCAGAGUACUUCAGUGUCGUUCCUAGUAUUUCUGAAUAUCUCAAUCGUCCUCACUCUCUGCCUCAGUGACUCCAGAUGAAUGGAUGGAGUCGAAUGGAUGGAUCUUUCUAGAAGACGAUCUAUCUCCCCCUCCCCUAACUUUGAGAAACCCUCUACAAAGGUCUAAAGCCAUCACUGGUCAUGUGAAUUUUUUUUUCUUUCAAAACAGUUUUUAAACUCUAGCGUGAUGUCUCCAACAUGUAACCCAGCCAAGAGAGCUUACGUAACCCGCAUUGUGUGUUUUUGCAGAAGUGUGUGUGUGUGUGUGUGUCUUGUGUGUGACAAUCAAAUAGUCGAUCAUCUAUUUGCCAUCAGCCUUUCUCUCUUCCUCUCCCUCUCUCACCUGUUCGUCUCUCAGCAAUACAUGGUUUGCGAUACUUGGUUUUAUUCACGCAUGUCUCUGGUUCAUA